CGCGAGGUAGUUAAAUGUUUGAAGGGUGUACGCGCAGUUUGAUUUGGCUACAGCGAGUAUCCGAAACCCACUGUUUGGAAGACUGGAAGACGUCAAUACUAGAUUAUGGUCACUGUCUUCAAAGAAAGGAACUGAAAAAGUCCCUACAUAAUGUCAGUGGCAGUAGAAACCACAGUGUCCAGGGUGUCUCUCCCCCUUCCCACCCACUUCUCCCAUGCAGAGCGAUCCUUCUCCCUCAAAAAGCGCCGUCUCCCUUUUUCCUCGUCGUCUAUUUCCAGCUCAUCAUACUCUUCGCCUGCCAGGCUCUCACAUUCUCUGCCCCCACUGCCACCUUCCAAGGGAUGUCCCCCUCUCAGUAGGAUGUUCCCCCAGCAUCCAUCCCCCUGGACACCCCUGUCUGGUUCCCUUAGUACGUCUCCCCCUCCAAAUUCUGUGUAUGAUCCCAGCAAACAGCAGUCCUAUUUUAAUCAGUGCUUCACGAAUUUGGGCCUGCUGGGAAGAGGAUCCUUCGGAGAGGUCUACAAGGUACAAAGCAACCGGGACGGCCACCAGUAUGCAGUCAAGCGCUCUGCUCAUCGCUUCAGGGGCAACCGUGAGAGGAACCGGAGUGUGAGGGAAGCCAGGAACCACGAGCGCCUGUGUCCUCAUCCUCAUAUCCUGCAUUUUGUGGCAGCCUGGGAGGAGUGUGGCCGACUGUACAUUCAGACAGAACUGUGUAGUACCAGCUUGCUGCUCCAUGCUGAGAGCCAGCCUCCUGGCCCAGAUGAGUCUGCAGCAUGGGCCUACCUGUGCGACCUCCUUUCAGCACUACAACACUUACACUCUCAUGGUUUUGUGCAUCUGGACCUCAAGCCUGCUAAUGUCCUUAUGACUGAGUCUGGACGUCUCAAGCUUGGAGACUUCGGGCUUCUGCUCGACCUCAAACAAAACAGUACAGAGCCUGUAGAGGGGAAAGUGAAAGAGGAUGUCCAGGAGGGAGAUCCCAGAUACAUGGCCCCUGAGCUGCUCCGUGGGGAGUAUGGACCUGCUGCAGAUGUUUUCAGUUUGGGUGUUUCUAUUCUGGAGCUUGCCUGUAAUAUUGAAGUUCCAAAUGGAGGAGAGGGCUGGCAACAGCUCAGACAAGGCUGCCUUCCCUCAGAGCUGACCAGCAGCCUGUCAGCUGAGCUUCAGACAGUACUUCGGAUGAUGCUGGCCCCAGAACCGUCGGACAGGCCGACAGUCUCUAAGCUUCUUGCACUCCCCCCUGUUUGGAAACACAGGUGGAAAAGGCGCAUCUAUCUAUUGGUCGCUGAGACCACACUGAAACUGGUCUCCCUCUGUCAGUUGGUGGUGUGCUUUGGGUGUAGACUCUUGUCUUCCCUUCACUUGUCCUCUCUCCCUCAUUGGACAAAGCCAGUGCCCUGCACUCCUCCCAAGGAUAGCUGGGACAGGGACUUAACCCUGCCCCUCAGUGCCAUGCAUGCUGACUCAGAUAGCCCAGUGGAUGAUGCAGUGUUUGUGUUGGAUCCCACAGACUCGGAGCUUUCCCCAACUUUCUCAAACAGGGUCAAAUCAAGAUUGUCUAUGGAAAGCACAUCCACACCUCUCCCAGGUUCACAGACACACAGUCAUCGAAGUCCCUACCACACACCCACUCACUCAAAUCUGGGUGAUUGGUCCUCCUGUAACUUAGCGCAGACCCCCUCCAGUAUCCACUCAAAUGGUUCCUGCCACACACUGACACCUAGUGCGAGCCCCAUGCACACAGAGCUCCAUGCAGACAUCACAAAUGAAAACUCCACACGCAGCCGAUACUCUUCAUCCGCCAAGUCCUCGCAGCGACGUGGUCGCAGCUGCAUCCAGGUGGAGGAGGCUUUACUCCGACCCAACUUUGAACCAAAGAACCUGCUCAGUCUUUUUGAGGAAACAACUCCAUGAGCACAAUACUGCCAGUUUACAUUCAGGAGCAGGGUUAUUUCACUUUAAAAUGUAAAUUGAAGAGGACCUUAUGUAAGAAUGUAACAAGUUCACUACUUAGUUUGUAUGAACAGCUUUUGCCAUCUUUUAUCGGUCCUACAGCAGCUUCUUGUAUCGCAAAAAAAAAGAACAGUUUAGGUGAAAGGGUUGAAUAUGUAAUCAGUCUUUAAAGCACUUUUUAUGUUUGUGCAAAUGCAAUCUGUUGCUGAAAUGACAAGUCAUGAUGUGUUGUUAAAUAAUUAGCUUGUUGUACUCUGAGUCAUUUAUCUCACGAGUUACAAAGGGAAAUAAAAGGAGGAGGGA